ACCAAAGGACAAAUACACGAACCUACCACAAUUCACAUCUUACCUCUAUCUUCAAUGAAAUUGUGUGUAUAAUAGUAUGUGAUGGAUGGAAAUUUAAGAGAGAAAACUACUUUUCUACUCUCAUCAGCAUGAAUGAAGAGAGCCUUCCCAGAAUCAGGAUGUUGUUUUCGGUCACUCUAAGCCAAACUGGAGCCAGGCGAGUUGUGACCAUGACUCGGGGAAGAUUUAUGAGGGACAGCAGAUGGUUGUUUGCCAGUGUGCGAGAAUGUCUCACAGUCCCAAAGACCAGAAACAUGGGACUUUCCUCCUCCUCCUCCUCCUCAUCCUCCUCCUCCAGAUGUUUUGGGGCCUCAACUGCUCAUUGCAACUCUUCUUCAUCUUCAUCAUCACAUCAACAAACGCCAUCUUACAGUUAUAUCAUUGUGGGUGCGGGGUCAGCAGGAUGUGUCCUUGCCAACCGCCUCACAGAGGACGCCCAUGAGUCUGUGCUGCUGCUGGAGGCUGGACCUAAGGACAAGUGGUUGGGCAGCGCACGGUUGUCAUGGAAGAUGCACAUGCCAGCUGCGCUGACCUAUAACCUCUGUGACGACAAGUAUAACUGGUACUACCACACUUUACCUCAGGCCCACAUGGACAACCGAGUGUUGUACUGGCCGAGGGGCCGUGUCUGGGGCGGGUCCUCUUCGCUCAAUGCCAUGGUGUACAUCCGAGGACACGCUGGAGACUACAAUCGCUGGCAGAGUGAAGGGGCAGAGGGCUGGGAUUAUGACCACUGCCUGCCUUACUUCAGGAAAGCUCAGUGCCAUGAGCUUGGCGAAAAUAGGUAUCGGGGCGGCAGUGGACCUCUUCAUGUGUCCAGAGGGAAGACCAACCACCCACUUCACAAGGCCUUUAUUGAGGCGGGGCAGCAGGCAGGAUACCCCUUCACGGAUGACAUGAAUGGUUACCAACAGGAAGGUUUGGGCUGGAUGGACAUGACCGUUUAUAAAGGAAAGAGGUGGAGCACAGCUAGUGCUUACCUGAGACCUGUACUGGGUCGACCUAACCUGAAGACGGAGGUGCGCUGCCUGACCACCAGGAUCCUGUUCGAUGGGAAUCGUGCUGUGGGAGUAGAAUACAUACAGAAGGGACAGAAGAAAACGGUGUUUGCAGAUAAAGAGGUGAUAUUGAGUGGAGGAGCAAUCAACUCCCCGCAGCUUCUCAUGCUGUCAGGAGUGGGAAAUGCUGACGACCUGAAACAACUCAGCAUUCCUGUGGUUCAGCACCUACCAGGUGUUGGUAGUAAUCUGCAGGAUCAUUUGGAGCUGUAUGUCCAGCAGCACUGCACUCAGCCUAUCACGCUGUACAAGGCCCAGAAACCUUUCCACAUGGUCAAGAUAGGCCUCGAGUGGCUCACCAUGUUCACUGGUUAUGGAGCAACCGCCCACUUGGAGAGUGGAGGGUUCAUCCGCAGCCGGCCACACGUCACACACCCUGACAUCCAGUUUCACUUUCUGCCCUCGCAGGUCAUCGACCACGGAAGAGUUGCCUCUAAGAUAGAGGCUUAUCAGGUUCAUGUUGGACCAAUGAGAAGCACCAGUAUCGGCUGGUUAAAGCUGAAGAGCACGAACCCUCUGGAUCAUCCGGAGAUCCAACCAAACUAUCUCUCCACUGAUGUUGAUGUGUGGGAAUUCAGAGAGUGCAUUAAACUCUCUAGAGAGAUCUUUGCUCAGAAGGCCUUUGAAUCGUUCCGCGGCCCUGAAGCUCAGCCUGGCCCUCAGGUUCAAUCGGACGCCGACAUUGACGCUUUUGUCCGCAGAAAGGCUGACAGCGCCUACCACCCGUCCUGCACCUGUAAGAUGGGCUCUCCCUCAGACCCGAUGGCUGUUAUCGACUCAAACACACAGGUUUUGGGUCUGGAGCGCCUGCGUGUGGUCGAUGCCUCCAUCAUGCCCAGCAUCGUCAGUGGCAACCUGAAUGCCCCGACCAUCAUGAUGGCGGAGAAGGCUGCUGACAUCAUCAGAGGUCGCCCUGCUCUCGUCGACCGAGGGGUUCCUGUGUAUCAACCAACACUCGACACACAGAGAUGAAAACAGCUGGUAAGGUGUUGACAGCACAGUCAUCAGGCAACAACAGCCUUUUGCUUAUGGAUUUGAUAUUGUGAAAUAAUCAUGUGAGCUUGUUGUCUUAAUGGUGCCAUAAUUAUGUUGACUACAGUUGAUAUUAAGCCGUUUCCAUCUGAAAUUCUUGAAUGUAUGAUGAAGAAACAGUGGCCAAAUGUGUCGUUAAAUAGAAGUGUUUUAACUAAAUUUUACAAAUACUGACAUUAAUAAUCAGCUGGGUGCUGAUAUUUCUUCAUGGCACAGUGUGUUGUGAGAAGCUGCUGAGCCUUUGCACUUGUAACUUCUUCAAUACGAACAAUGUACAGAUUCAGAGACGUUGUUGUUGUUUGGACGCUUGCUUCACAUCAUGUGUCUUGCACCAGCUACAGUGAUUUUUAAGCAAAUUUAUGACAAAUAAAAAUACCUCUAACAUUUCUACUUGGUUAUCGUCAGGUAACCUACAGUGAGGUUUAAAGCCAAAUCCCACAGAAUAUGAAAUGUUUUAAAUGUGACUCGUGUUUUACAGAUUUUACUACUUUCUAUUAUAAUAACAGUUUUGAUGAUCUGCAACCUGUCUUUUUUUUUUAUCUGUCCAGAUCAGUCUUCACUAUGGUAACAUGUCUCUUCCUUCCUGAGAACCUAUAGAUUUGACAGGUUGACAAAAUUCUGCUUUCAAAGUUUCCUUUUAAAGGUCUUUCAGAACAUUGUCAGCAAUGUCACAAAAUGUUUAGUUCAUUGUAAAAAAGAUAGUUACAACUUGAAGUCAUUAUUCCUGUAAAUUCAUUGUAUGCUUUGACCCCCACUCAGCAAAUACGGGGCUGUUUACAAUUACACUACUAUUACACAUUACUAUAUUAUAUAUGUUUAUUUCAAGUCACUUCUACUUACUGUUUAAUUUAAGUUGCUAUAAAUGCACAGUAUAUUUCUCCAAUAAAAACAAAAAAAACCUAAACUACACUAAAAACUAGAAAAAA